AUGCAGUGUGAUCCAAACGCCGGAUGGAAGGAAGCAUUCGGGGAGUCCUUGUCCUAUCCAGAGUUUAAACUAGUGAUCUAUAUGUUGUUUAUCUACAUCCCUGUCCUGUUGUUAGUCAUUCUUUACUCCUUCAUCUUUAUCAAACUCAAGGCACAGGCACACCCAGGUGAACAUUCGUCCAACAUUGAACAACAACGACAAAGAAGAAACAGAAACGUGCUUCAUAUGUCCAUUGCUAUCAUUUCAGUGUUUGUGUUUUGCUGGUUACCAUUCAUUACAAAUGUUUUAAUCGAUAAUUAUCGGAGCAGUUUCAUGUAUUUUUCCUGUAGUUUCUGGCUAUACUUUCAUGUCACCUCUUAUGUAGCUGCCGCUAACUGCGCCUUCAACCCGAUUAUCUGCUUCACUUUUAGUAGAAAUUACCGGCUUGGUCUUAAAAGCCUCAUAAACAGUUCUUCUGGUGUACAGCAGUAAGUUUAAAAAUAUCAGCGCUUGUGAUUAAGUAGUAUGAGCUGAAUAUGUUCAUUGUUUAUCUGCCGUAACGACAAGAAUAGUGACUUGGUGUGUCUCAAUGGUGUAACAUAAGAUUUUGUAACCCAAGUAAAACUUAGAAUAAAUGUAUAGACUCAAAGGAAUAAAAUGGCUCAAUAAAUGACAAGCAAUUUUAUCUUAAGUGGUCUUGUUUUCUGGGUUUUGUUUGUAAAUUUAGGCGCGAUUUAACCAGUUUUACUGACACGAUGGCAGCGGAAGAAAUUUGUGAACAAACGAAUACUUAUUGGUUAUAUAUUAUUGGUUGUUGGUUACUGAUAUGCCAGCCUUAUAACGCCAAAAAGACUUCAUAUAAUCAGUUAAAUAUAAAACCAGUCAAACUUCGCUGAAUGAUUUCAUUAUAAGGUUUGAGUUUGGAAGAUUCAGUGUUAAGUAUGAAAAACAUGGCAAUAUAACACUAGUCUUUGGUUUUUCUAAUAUCAAAUUACUAUGACUCAAACAUUCUGUUGCUUUUAAACAUUUUUUACACAUAUUUGGUACGAAUAAACAGCUUCGUUUCAUUCAGGUUUCGAAAUAUCCCCUUAAUGCUGGGUGACAGAGUUUCAAUUACCAUUCGAGAAACCAAGUACAUUAGUAGUGUGGUUGUUUAUUGCGAGGCUAGUUUCAAAAACUCAUUUGUCGAUCUAAAAGUAAGCGCCUUCAAAAUAACUAAAUAGACAAGAAAUAUCCAAAUAGAAGAAAGUCUAAAUGAAACAGUCUCAGCUGAAAAUAUAUUUAAAGAAGAGACCAAUUAAAAUGAGCACAAAAACUAAAGAGGAGGUGCCAAUUUUAUUAGAGCAGUGCAGCUGACUUCGCUGAAUGAUUUUAUCAGGUUAAAGACGUCACUGUCAAAGCAUGGAAAAUAUAGGAAGAUCACUCUUUUUCUUUUGGAUUUUACUGUAUCAGGUUAAUUUCACUCAAAAUUCCUGUUACUUAUACAGACUUUUUUUCAGCACUGUCGCAAUAAACGAUCAAUGAUUACUCCUGAAGCCUGAACUCCUGUGAUUAGUAAUAGACUUUUUUUCAGACAUAUUUUGCAAGAAUUAACUCUUAUCUUACAAAUUUUUCGAAAUAUCCCCAUAAUACUGGAUGACAGCGUUUACAUAUUAGCAGAAGUUCCGUUUUUUAUCGCGAUGGUAAUUUCAAAGGCAGGAUUUUGAGCUCGAUAAGCUCCAAAAUCAUACUAACGAGUAAAAAAGGAGGAGAAGAGGAAAGAGAGAGGAGGGGGAAAAGGAGGUGAAGAGAGACAGCAAUGGUCUCACCCUUAGUUUUUAUGAUGACUGAAAACAACUGUUAGACAGAAAAGAUUCAUUUGGCGGUAACGUUUUCAAUAAUCCGGAUAGAUAUGCAAAUAGACCCCUUUCGGUUGUGAGGGCAUGCUGGGUAAUCAGGACAGGAUGGUGGGGAAUCGGCAGAAGUUUGUAUGGAAAUUCAGAGUCAACUAAUUCUUCCUACUUGAAUAUAUUCGUUACUUUCUUCUUGCAAACUUUAACUAAUGACCGUAAAGAAACGAUACACUAAAUGUGGAGUGCACAGCAGUCCUUUAACGGUUUUUACAAAAUUUGACAUCUUCCAUACAUUUUCUGUAAUUUUUAUGUUGUCAGCAAAUGUAUGGAAGGACUCAGGUUUUUCAAAAAGCAACAAAGGACUGCUAUGUACUCCAGGUUUAGUGAGUAGCUUCUUUAAUCUCAUUUGUUACAUUUUUUCAAACGGAGAGAGACAAAUGUUUUCAAUUACCAAACUUCUGAUUUUUCCACCAUCUUGUCCUGAUCACCCAUUAUGCCAUCGCACCCGUAAAGGGGUUUAUAGACGAAAAGCUUAAGUAAAAAGUUUCAGAUGAAGACAUUUUAAAAUUAACCCUCGGAUGUACAAGGGAGGGAGGGUGGAUGCCACCCCUGUAAAGUUUUUCUGAGUUUUUUCUUAGAGGGUUAAACAUCAGAUCAGCACCUGACGUUUUCAGUAGCUGUACAUUUUUCCCUCACGCGCACUUUGAGACAAGUUCCAUAGUUCCACUAUACGCAAACACUGGCUAACAAAGGUUAUAAUCACCGGCAUACAUUAGUAAAUUACACCACUGUAAUUAAAUACAACAAGGGUACUUCUACUCACCUGUUGCCUGGCCACAUAGCCUGCGGCCAGGCUCCUUGAUGGGGAAAAAAGCUAGCAGAUAAAGGAGUGAACUUCGCAAAAAAUCGAAGAGCGGUGAAGGUUGGCCUAUUUUGUGCCUGCAUUCUUAGCUGGCUAUUGAGCAUUCGCAGGCCUCAGGCAUAAAUGCCAGACUCCAGAUUUCAUUAGAAAUAAGCCGAGCUCUAUCUUAGUCGUGGCUCUAGUGAAGCUGCCAAAGGGUUUCUUUUAAGAUUAUCAAGAUAUUACUAUAUUUCUAAGUAUAAAAAUGUCAUCCCAAAAUACCUCGAAAACGCACCCAUAGAUUUUGCUCAAACUUCACGAACACCGAGGCAGAUAUUGGACGAACAAGCUUGCGUGAGCCAUUGCAAAAAGAAAUCCCAGUACCGAGAAAUACCGUCAGCAAGUGAAAAAGAAAAUGCCGUCAUUUCGUUGCUAUGAAGACUCUGCUGUCAGCAUAACAUCGGCUCAUACUAAAUUUUCAUCUUUGUCUGAUAAAGCUGUGGUAAUCUUUUUUCCACAUUUUUGUUCAAUAGUAGCCACAUUGUUAAUUCUCAAACUUGGGAUGUAUCCAAACGAGCCACCUUAAAAGAACCUUUUCAUAGAAUAGAUCAAAAAAGGCAAAGUUGUGCUUCAGUGCCCAAAUCAAAAGGAUAAGAAAUCAGAGGAAAAACAAGUUUGGGAAACAGAGUAGAAGAAUUUGGUUAUUUCUAGGAAUGAAUGUACAGAAAAACUUCAAAUAUGUAGCUAGAGCUUAUAAGUUUUGUUUACUUUUCGGAACGUAAUCCCCCUCACACUUUUCUUAAAAAAACUUAUAUAAACGACAGAAAUUAAUUUUAAGCCGCAGAGUGCUAUUUUUCAGACAAUAAAUAACAUUUCGCCUCUUAAAUUUUGACCUCCAUUGUUUGAAUUCUUAAUUGUAUGGUUAAUGAGUCUUUUACAUGACACUGAACAAAGAGUUUGUUAGUUUUGCAUAUUUGUUGCAUGUCUGAAUCCUAAAUUGACCCUAUCACUUAAGAUAAGAUUCAACACACCUGUUUAAAAUUUACUCUAAGCACGUAUUGGUUUUCGGAUAUCCUUUGCAUCCCUUUCUGGACACUUGACCAAAAAAAGGAUUUCUUGCUGGCUUUUUAUUACAAUGCAGUGAGUGCCUUAUGGUUGACAACAUACACAAUACAUAAUACCCGCUCAAUUUAGAAAGGGCUGUGCAGCUGUGCUAAAGCUUCGCAGGGGGGCUUUCAAUGGCCAAUAAACAAGAAAAAAACCAGGAUACGCAAACUACGGAGCAGUUUUUAUUUGAGCCUACUAAACUGCAUGUGUGCAAUCAGUAGUAGUGUAUAAUUCGGAAAGCUAAGCAUGAACUCGACGGCGAACGCAUCAAGCGAGCUUGGGAAGUGCUCCAUUUUGUUUAGUUCCAAAGCUUUUAAUAUCGGAGGAGUCGUUGCCUUGUGUCUGAUCCUUCUUGUUACACUGGCCGGAAAUUCUCUCAUUGUAAUGCUCGUUUAUAAAACGCCAAACUUAAGAAAACCCAUAAAUUAUUUCAUCGCAAACAUGGCCUCGUCCGAUUUGCUGUGUAUACUAUCCAUGUGCCAUUGGAUCCUCGCAAGGUUGAACAUAUCGUGGAUUAUCGGUAGCCAGUUUGGCAAGGCUUUCUGUAAGCUUAUCAGUUUCUUACCAACAGUUUCCUCAUUCGUUUCGAUUCAAAAUCUGAUUCUGAUAGCGGUGGAUCGAUUUGGAGCCGUGGUAUUUCCACUCCGUUCCCCACUCAUCAGAUCCAAGUUGUGCCCCUUCUUUAUUCUCGCGACCUGGGUAGUUGCAGUAGCUGUCAGUUCGCCAUACGUCUUUGCUGCCAAACUGGUUGAAAACUCAGGAAGAAAGCAGUGUGAUCGAAACGCCGGAUGGAAGGAAGCAUUCGGGGAGUUCUCGUCCUAUCAAGACUUCUUAGUAGUGAUCUAUAUGUUGUUUAUCUACAUCCCUGUCCUGUUGUUAGUCAUUCUUUACUCCUUCAUCUUUAUCAAACUCAAGGCACAGGCACACCCAGGUGAACAUUCGUCCAACAUUGAACAACAACGACAAAGAAGAAACAGAAACGUGCUUCAUAUGUCUAUUGCUAUCAUUUCAGUGUUUGUGUUUUGCUGGUUACCAUUCAUUACAAAUAUUUUAAUCGUUAAUUAUCGGAGCAGUUUCUUAUAUUUUCCUGUAGUUUCUGGCUUUACUAUCAUGUCACCUCUUAUGUAG